AGAAAGGCAUGGGGCGCCCGCGGGCCGGGGCCGGGGCCGGGGCCUAGGCAGGCGGACCUGCGAACGGACGCGAGCGGCGGCGGUGGCGGCGCAGCGCAGCGGCCGAGCGGGCCAGAGGCGGCCAAGGCGCCCGGCGCAGGUGCUGGUGCCCUCCUUUCUGCUGGGUGCCUGGUGGCCUGGUGUGUGCCCAGGACCCAGCAGGGCCCCUGUCCUGCUCUUCUUCCUGCCAUCACAUCUGAUCCUGUGCCUGGAGGCAUGUGUGUGCCAGCCCUUGGUCCAGCACCUGUACCUGAGGUGACACCCACUGGGUCCCACCGAGUUCCCGUUUUUCCUGUGCACGAAGUUCCCUGGUUGCAUCGCCGCUGCCCGGGAGAGGUGAGUUGGGUGCCCUGUUAGGGCAACAGACGGCCCCUGUCCCCGUGGGCCGGGAUCAUGAAAGGCCUCGGCGACAGCCGCCCACGCCACCUCUCCGACAGCCUGGACCCCCCGCACGAGCCCCUGUUUGCAGGGCCUGACCGCAACCCCUACCUGCUGUCACCCACCGAGGCCUUUGCCCGCGAGGCCCGCUUCCCCGGGCCUGGCACGCUGCCUGGAGACGGCCUCUUUCCCCUCAACAACCAGCUGCCGCCCCCCAGCAGCACCUUCCCACGCAUCCACUACAACUCCCACUUUGAGGUGCCUGAGGAGAGCCCCUUCCCCAGCCACGCCCAGGCCACCAAGAUCAACCGGCUGCCAGCCAACCUCCUGGACCAAUUUGAGAAGCAGCUGCCCAUCCAUCGGGAUGGCUUCAGCACCCUGCAGUUCCCCCGCGGCGAGGCCAAGGCCCGCGGCGAGAGCCCCGGCCGCAUCCGGCACCUGGUGCAUUCGGUCCAGCGGCUCUUCUUCACCAAGGCGCCCUCACUGGAGGGCACGGCCGGAAAGGUCGGCGGCAAUGGUGGCAAGAAAGGUGGCCUGGAGGACGGCAAGGGCCGCAGGGCCAAGAGCAAGGAGCGGGCCAAGGCCACCGAGCCCAAGCGGCGCAGCCGCUCUAACAUCUCAGGCUGGUGGAGCUCCGACGACAACCUGGACGGGGAGACCAGCGCCUUCCGCAGCGGCCCGGCCUCUGGGCUGAUGACGCUGGGCCGGCAGCAGGAGCGCAGCCAGCCACGCUACUUCAUGCACGCCUACAACACCAUCAGCGGGCAUAUGCUCAAGUCCACAAAGAACACCGCCAGUGAGCUCACCACACCACCACCCCCACCCGCACCCCCGGCCACCUGCCCCAGCCUUGGGGUGGGUACCGACACCAACUACGUCAAACGGGGCUCCUGGUCUACUCUGACCCUCAGCCAUGCCCACGAGGUCUGCCAAAAGACCUCAGCCACCUUGGACAAAAGCCUGCUGAAGUCCAAGUCCUGCCACCAAGGUCUAGCCUACCAUUACCUUCAGGUGCCCGGCGGAGGCGAGUGGAGCACCGCGCUGCUGUCCCCGCGUGAGGCGGACUCCGCGGCCGAGGGGCCCAUCCCGUGCCGGCGCAUGCGCAGCGGCAGCUACAUCAAAGCCAUGGGCGACGAGGACAGCGACGAGUCGGCCGGCAGCCCCAAGCCCUCACCCAAGACCGCGGCGCGGCGCCAGAGCUACCUGCGGGCCACUCAGCAGUCGCUGGGAGAGCAAAGCAACCCCCGCAGGAGUCUGGACCGACUGGACUCGGUGGACAUGCUGCUGCCUUCCAAGUGUCCCAGCUGGGAAGAGGAUUACAACCCCAUCAGCGACAGCCUCAAUGAUUCCAGCUGCCUCAGCCAGAUGUUUGGACAGGCCUCCCUGCUCCCCCAGUUGUUUGGCCAUGAGCAGCAGGUGCGGGAGGCAGAUCUGAGCGACCAGUACGAGGCAGCCUGCGAGUCAGCCUGCAGCGAGGCGGAAUCGGCAGCAGCUGAGGCACUCGACUUGCCACUGCCCAGCUACUUCCGCUCCCGCAGCCACAGCUACCUGCGGGCGAUCCAGGCGGGCUGUUCGCAGGAGGAGGACAGUGUGUCCCUGCAGUCCCUCUCCCCACCGCCCAGUACGGGCAGCCUCAGCAACAGCCGCACGCUUCCAAGUUCAUCAUGCCUAGUGGCGUAUAAGAAGACCCCGCCACCCGUCCCUCCACGUACCACAUCAAAGCCCUUCAUCUCCGUCACAGUCCAGAGCAGCACCGAGUCCGCCCAGGACACGUAUCUGGACAGCCAGGACCACAAAAGUGAGGUGACAAGCCAGUCGGGCCUGAGCAAUUCCUCGGACAGCCUGGACAGCAGUACUCGACCACCCAGCGUGACGCGGGGUGGAGUCACCUCAGCCCCUGAGGUCCCAGAGCCACCCCUAAAACAUGCAGCUCUGAAGAGUGGUGAACAAGGGACGCUAACCAGUUCUGAGGCCCACCCUGAGGCCAUCCCCAAACGGAAACUGUCAUCGAUAGGAAUACAAGUUGACUGCAUUCAGCCAGUGCCAAAAGAGGAGCCCAGUCCCGCUACCAAAUUCCAGUCCAUCGGGGUUCAGGUAGAGGACGACUGGCGAAGCAGCGCCCCCUCUCACAGUAUGUCCUCCCGACGGGACACUGACUCGGACACCCAGGAUGCCAAUGACUCGAGCUGUAAGUCAUCAGAGAAGAGCCUCCCGGACUGUACCCCGCACCCCAACUCCAUCAGUAUUGAUGCUGGCCCCCGGCAGGCCCCCAAGAUUGCCCAGAUCAAGCGCAACCUCUCCUAUGGAGACAACAGCGACCCUGCCCUGGAGGCGUCCUCGCUGCCCCCACCAGACCCCUGGCUGGAGACCUCCUCCAGCUCGCCAGCAGAGCCAGCUCAGCCAGGGGCCUGCCGCCGGGAUGGCUACUGGUUCUUGAAGCUGCUUCAGGCAGAAACAGAGCGCCUGGAAGGUUGGUGCUGCCAGAUGGACAAGGAGACCAAAGAGAACAACCUCUCUGAAGAAGUCUUAGGGAAAGUCCUCAGCGCAGUGGGCAGCGCCCAGCUGCUGAUGUCCCAGAAGUUCCAGCAGUUCCGGGGCCUCUGUGAGCAGAACUUGAACCCUGACGCCAACCCACGCCCAACAGCCCAGGACCUGGCAGGGUUCUGGGACCUGCUGCAGCUGUCCAUCGAGGACAUCAGCAUGAAGUUCGAUGAGCUCUACCACCUCAAGGCCAACAGCUGGCAACUGGUGGAGACCCCCGAGAAGAGGAAGGAAGAGAAGAAACCACCCCCUCCCGUCCCAAAGAAGCCUGCCAAAUCCAGGCCGGCCGUGAGCCGCGACAAGGCCUCCGACGCGAGCGACAAGCAGCGUCAGGAGGCCCGCAAGAGACUGCUGGCAGCCAAGCGGGCAGCAUCCGUGCGGCAGAACUCGGCCACAGAGAGCGCAGACAGCAUCGAGAUCUACGUCCCCGAGGCCCAGACCCGUCUCUGAGGCCAGGAGGGAGACCAGUGCAGACCAUUAAACUCAUGCGAACGCGAGUGGAACAAAGCCUCCUCAGCCUUCAGUGUGGUUUCCUCGCUAGAGACCCUAGGCCAAAAUUGACACAUCCAAGGGCUCACAAUUUGGCUUUUUCGGGUCCCUCCCAGCUUUAGGUUCUCAAGACUUCA